GAAAAAGCUAAAGCAAAACCACGGCCUCCCCCUUCCUUCCCUCGCCCCUCUCCUCCCUCCGCCUACCACGCCAGCCCCCGCUCGUCUCGUCUCAUCUCCUCGACCCCUUCCCUCAAAUGAGAUACCUCGUACCGCCACCACUAUAGUAUAUCAGAGCUCGAUCCGCCCACCACCGACCACACCUCGGAACCGAAGAGCCAGCCGAUCAUGCCGCCGCAAGUCGCCGCCGCGCAGCAGGGCGACCGCUGCCGCCACGGCCAGCUCCCGCGCUGGCACGGCGACGCCGGCGGCGAGCCGCUGCCCUUCUACGUGCCGCUGCGCAAGCGCCUCUCCGUGGACGGCAAGUCCCCGGCGCCGCGGAUAUGCAUCUGGGAGUGCGACGGCGAGGCCGGCGACAUCACCUGCGACAUCGUCGCCGCGCCCUUCCGCCGCAGCUGCAGCGCCAGGACGACGACGCUGCCGCCGGCCCCCUUCUUCCGGACGAUGACGCCGCCGCCGCCGAGGCCGCACAGGGUGCUGGAGGAGGAGGAGGAGGAAACCAAGAAGCCCGGGAAGUCCAUCCGCAAGGGCCACCGGAGCUACGGCCUCAUGCUCAACCUACAGCUCGGCAUAAGUUAUUCGGUGGGGAAGUCGUCGGCGCUGCCGUUCAAGAAGCUCCUGGCAUCGGACUUCGACCCGCGGGAGAAGGUAUGGACGCGGUUCCCGCCGGAAGGAUCCAAGCUCACGCCGCCGCAUCACUCAGUCGAUUUCCGGUGGAAGGACUACUGCCCUGCCGUCUUCAGGCACCUGAGGAAAUUGUUCGGGGUGGACCCUGCGGACUACAUGCUUGCAAUCUGCGGCAACGACACGCUCCGGGAGCUGGCGUCCCCGGGGAAGAGCGGGAGCUGCUUCUUCAUCACCCAGGACGAUCGGUUCAUGAUUAAAACCGUCAAGAAGGCUGAAGUGAAGGUUCUCAUUAGGAUGUUGCGGAGUUACUAUGAACACGUCCGUCUGCAUAAGUCCACCUUGUUGACAAGAUUCUAUGGCACACAUUGCAUUAAGCAAGUUGGAUGCCCGAAGGUCCGGUUCGUUAUAAUGGGCAAUUUUUGCUGCUCGGAGUAUAAGAUUCACAGGCGUUUUGAUUUGAAAGGUUCCUCACAUGGUCGGACUAUCGACAAAACGGAGCGAAAGAUUGACGAAACCACUACUCUUAAGGACCUCGAUCUCGAUUAUGCAUUUCGGUUGCAGAGGUUUUGGUACGAGGAACUUAUGAAGCAAAUUCAGAUGGACUGCGUAUUCUUAGAGACACAAGGAAUUAUGGACUACAGCCUAUUGUUAGGAGUUCACUUUCGUAAUGAUUUGUCUGUGUCUAAGAUAGGCCUCUCUCAGCCCAUUGCUUUGCCAAAAUCUACUGGCAAAAGGAAAUCAUUCGAAGGUGGGGGCAAUUUUUGUGAGCAAUGCUUUAUGGAAACAGGAUGCAAAGACAGGGAUUUGAUCACAGAAUCCCGGAGGCCAUUUGUGCAACUGGGCAUGAACAUGCCGGCUCAGGCAGAGCGCAGCUCGAAGAAAAUACUCGACAAGUUUCUCCUGAACGAGAGGCACCUGUUCAUAGCCGCGCCGAGCGGGGGACCGUGUGAUGUCUACCUAUUCUUCGGGAUAAUUGACAUCCUACAAGACUAUGACAUAACCAAGAAGCUCGAGCACGCCUACAAGUCUUUCCAGGUCAACCCUGGCCGCAUUUCUGCUGUGGAUCCCAAGCUCUACUCGAGGAGGUUCCAGGAUUUCAUUCGCAGGGUGUUCGUGAAACAACAGCAGUGAGAGGAAUAAUGCACAGGUUUAACUGACUUUUUCACAUCAUGGAAUCCAUUGGUGAAUGAAGUUCAUGGUAUGAUGGCGUCCCUGAUCCCGAGCAUGCGCUGAAACAGUGCUGCUGGUGGGGUGGUUUGGCUUUGGCCACCAUGCUGCUGGACGGUUCUGUUGUCCGAAUAGGCGGCUGCAAGGAGAUGGUAGCUCUGCCGACAAGCAUGCUGAAAUCGGAAGGAUGAGGGACGGAGCUAAACUAUGGACAUACAAAGCUCCGUCUUUUGGAAGACUUGGGAGACUGUAAGUGCCUACUCCAUGAUUGCAGAGCUAUGGCUUCAGAUAUUCCAUGGCUAGUUAGCUAGCCCCUGUCUCUGCUUUGUAGUGCUCUUUUGUAAUUUGUUUCUUCCUUUUGCACCUACCAAGAAUCCGAUUUUUUUUCAUGGGAUUCAUGGUGUGGCGUGCUGAAUAGCGGAUAUGGCCUUGCACAGGAGUGAUCGAGUGGGAAUCAAUCAGGCCUUUGUACAUGUUCACGCUGUCGUGUAGUAUCAAGACAAUUGUUAUUGGACUGAAAA